GGCAAGAACUCUAGAAGACAUAUUUAUUUUAAAACGGACCGCUUUACGUUAUCUAUUCGCGAGGGAAUCUAGACUGUUAGCUUUAGGUAAAAAGCCGGUGAAUAAGAAAAUAGCUAACUAUAUAAGAAGCCAUCAAGAAAGUAACGUGUGGAAUAGCUUUAUGGACUCGUUGAAUGAGGAUUUGACGCGGAACAUUAACGUUUUCGAAUGGAAAGUGGUGGAGCAUAACAGUGUUGCCAGGAGAGUGAGAUUGGAUUCUACUUCGAGGGAUAUUCUUGUGCAUUACGACAUGGGUUUCUGGGGUGGCAGAAUGACAGAGGCACCGGUAGUACGGGUGGAACAUGGGGAGCUACAAGGAAGAGUGGUUGAGACCCCUAGCGGGAAGGCCUUCUACAGCUUCCAGGGGAUCCCUUACGCUAAGCCACCGCUGGGAACUCUGCGGUUCCAGGCACCCCAACCCCUUGAGCCAUGGGAUGGCGUCCGUGACGCGACAUCAGAAGGCAAUAUUAGCGCUCAAAUAAAGUUCGAUUCCGACACGUUCGAAGGCGACGAAAACUGCCUUUAUCUUAAUGUCUACACCCCCAACAUAGACGGAGAAUUCCUCCCAGUCAUGGUCUAUAUCCAUGGAGGAGGUCUCCAGUUCGGCUCAGGCAAUGCCAGCGUACGAGGAGCCCACUACCUCGUUGAGAAAGACGUAGUUGUAGUCACUAUUAACUACAGAUGCGGAGCCCUUGGCUUCCUAAGCUUAAACACCCCUGAGAUCCCUGGUAACGCUGGCUUAAAAGACAUGAUUGCAGCGUUACGAUGGGUUAAAGACAAUAUCAAUAGUUUCGGCGGUAAUUCGGGGAAUAUAACGCUUUUCGGUGAAAGCGCUGGCGGUGCGGCUGUGUCUGUGCUCACAGCUAGUCCUUUGAGCAAAGAUUUGAUCAGCAAAGCUAUAAUUCAGUCUGGAUGUGGGCUCUCAAGCUGGGCGUGGCAGAAACAGCCGUUAGAAAACGCUAAAAAGCUGGCCCAUUUACUAGGCUGCGAGUCGGACGAGGCUGAUGAUAUCCUCGAAUUCCUAAGAGCAACACCCGCAAAAGAAAUCGUGGAAGCUACUAGAAAACUGUUUCCUUUGGAAAUGUUCUUCGAAACCGCGUUAAUAGGUUUCACUUUUGUUGUGGAGAAAGAGUUUCCUGGCGUGGAAUCCGCUAUUACAGAGUCCUUCACUGAUCUAUUGACUUCUGGUCGCGUUGCUGAAGUUCCUAUAAUGAUCGGUUCGACAACUUUGGAGUUUUUGCGUAAAGUCGACACUGAUGACUUGCAAGUAUUUAUUCCCCAAGAAUUAAACGUGCAGAGAAAUUCCGAGGAAUCUUUGGAGAUCGCCAACAAAUUUAAAAGCUUAUAUUUCAAAGGGAAUCACGCCGCCAUCGAAAACUUGAAUGGUUAUUUCGAAUUGGUUUCCGAUAGACUGAUCAACGUUGAUACGCACAGAUAUGUCCAGUAUUUGGUACAUGCGACGACCAAGCCUGUUUACUAUUAUAAGUUUGAUUAUGUAGGCGAGUUAAAUAAUUCGAAGAAGCUGGUGGAUUGUCUGGAUGUCCAUCACGCUGGACACGCGGAUGAAUUGGGGUAUCUGUUCAAGAUGGACUCCCAGGGUGGGGUGGAACCGACGGCCCAGGAUGUCAAGAUGAGGGAGAGGAUGCUGAGGCUUUGGACCAACUUUGCUAAAUCUGGCAACCCGACCCCUGACGAGAACCACUACAUCACGGUAACCUGGCAACCUGUCACCAAAGACAACCUGUACUACUUGAACUUGAGCAACGAACUCGCCCUUAACACGAGUCCGGAUAAGGAAAGAAUGGACCUCUGGGAAGACCUUUACAGCAGGCAUUUCAAAAUCUGGGAGCACCCUCAAGUCAAUAAUGAAGAAACGCCAGUUAAAACUCUGAGACCAGAACCAGCCGUAACCAGUCCGGAACCUGUAACCAGCUCGGAACCCGAAACCAGCCCAGAACCCAGCCCCAUUGAAGAACCAAUAACCAUUGAAGAACCAGAACCGGAACCCGUAGUUCUGCCAGUAGAAACUAUUGAACACAACGGUACAAAUGGUGACCUAGAAAGGAAACCUAGGCCGUCUAAUGAAAUCAAAAUGGUCCAGAACGGGAACGGGGAGCCUAAAGACGUCAUUCGCGCCAACGAUCCGCCUGAAGACGAUCUGCCUAAGAACAUCGGGGUCAACAAGUUUGUGAAUUUCUUUGAAUCACUUGGCGGUAAGAAGUGAUGCCAUUGUA